UGAGCCACCACACCCAGCCAAGGCGGUCAUUUCUUAUAUGCCUUUUCGUAAAAAUCAGGAAAAUGGAUUGCUUCUCUCCCUGUCCCUGCUUCACAAAAUCAGUGGGUAGCCACGUGGUAGGUCUCUCGUAAGCUCUAGUCCUUUCUCAUUCUGGAUGUCAGCUGCCCUCUGUGCUCUGCUAGCUUCCUGCUGGUCUUUGAGGCCCCUGACCCACUGUGGAAUCGGGAAGUCCCUCUUCAGCCUUUGUCCCCUGCCUUAGUGGGUGUUCUUGCUUCUGGACUUAGAGUAAGCGGGAACUGUUUUCUCUUAGGAGGUUUUCUGUGACUCUGGAGGCCUCUUUCUCUCAGUCCUUCCAAGUUACUUUCCUUCAUUAAGCUGAUUUCGCUCCUUAGAAUCUCACCUUCAAACAGGGCUGUUCCUCCCACAAUAUCCAAGAACGUUGACUUUGUUCUUUAAUUUGUCUUCAUUUGAUUGAUUCUUUAAGAAGUUCUUCACCUAAGUGCCAGGGGAUCUAGGAUGCUGGGUCGUCCGAGGUCACAAAGCUUCGGUCCCUCCUGGCCUGUGGCCUGAUCCUCUCCUGGGCCGGAUUCAAGGCCUGAUUGUCUCAUGGGCCCAACCUCUCCUGGGCUGGCCCUGGGGCUCGACCCUCAUGUCCCGUCUGCUGCUAGUCCUGGAGGAGCUGCAGGACUGUCAGCCCAGGACCCCGGCCUGACCUUGCCCAGAUGCUUAGAGUCGGCUACGGAUGCUGGGAUCAUUACUAUGAGUCGGACACACUCUUGCAUUCAUUUCAAGUCCUCGCUGCCCUCCUGGAGUCUCCCGUCACUCAGAACAUCAUCUGCGACGUGGGGAUGCCUGUGAUGCACCGGAACGUCCGCUACAACUGCAGGGUCAUAUUCCUCAACAGGAAGAUCCUGCUCAUCAGACCCAAGAUGGCCUUGGCCAACGAGGCCAACUACCACGAGCUGCGCUGGUUCACCCCGUGGUCGAGGAGUCGGCACACAGAGGAGUACUUUCUGCCUCGGAUGAUACGGGACCUGACGAGGCAGGAAACCGUGCCCUUCGGAGACGCGGUGCUGGCGACGUGGGACACCUGCAUUGGAAGCGAGAUCUGUGAGGAGCUCUGGACGCCCCACAGCCCGCACAUCGACAUGGGCCUGGAUGGUGUGGAGAUCGUCACCAAUGCCUCCAGCAGCCACCAUGUGCUGCGCAAAGCCAACACCAGGGUGGAUCUCGUGACUAUGGCCACCACCAAGAACGGUGGGAUUUACUUGCUGGCCAACCAGAAGGGCUGUGAUGGGGACCGUCUCUACUACGACGGCUGCGCCAUGAUCGCCAUGAACGGGAGCAUCUUUGCUCAGGGAUCCCAGUUUUCUCUGGACGACGUGGAAGUCCUGACGGCCACGCUGGAUCUGGAGGAUGUCCGGAGCUACAGGGCGGAGAUUUCGUCUCGAAACCAGGCGGCCAGCAGGGCGAGCCCCUACCCCCGGGUGAAGGUGGACUUCGCCCUCUCGUGCCACGAAGACUUGCUGGCACCCGUCUCUGAACCCAUCGAGUGGAAAUACCACAGCCCUGAGGAGGAGAUAAGCCUUGGACCUGCCUGCUGGCUCUGGGACUUUUUAAGGCGAAGCCAACAGGCGGGGUUUUUGCUGCCCCUGAGUGGCGGGGUGGACAGCGCGGCCACUGCCUGCCUCGUCUACUGCAUGUGCCGCCAGGUCUGCGAGGCUGUGAGGAGCGGAAAUCAGGAAGUGCUGGCUGAUGUCCGCACCAUCGUGAACCAGAGCAGCUACACCCCCCAGGAUCCCCGAGAUCUCUGUGGACACAUACUGACCACGUGCUACAUGGCCAGUGAGAACUCCUCCCAGGAGACGUGCAGCCGGGCCAGAGAGUUGGCCCAGCAGAUUGGAAGCCACCACAUCAGUCUCAGCAUCGAUCCAGCCGUGAAGGCCGUCAUGGGCAUCUUCAGCCUGGUGACAGGGAAGAGCCCUCUGUUUGCAGCUCACGGAGGAAGCAGCAGGGAAAACCUGGCGCUGCAGAAUGUGCAGGCUCGAAUACGGAUGGUCCUCGCCUAUCUGUUUGCUCAGCUGAACCUCUGGUCUCGGGGUGUCCGUGGCGGGCUCCUUGUGCUGGGAUCUGCCAACGUGGAUGAGAGUCUCCUGGGCUACCUUACCAAGUACGACUGCUCCAGUGCGGAUAUCAACCCCAUAGGCGGGAUCAGCAAGACGGACCUGAGGGCCUUUGUCCAUUUCUGCACCGAGCGCUUCCAGCUUCCUGCCCUGCAGAGCAUCCUGUCCGCACUGCCUACCGCGGAGCUGGAGCCCUUGGCUGAUGGACAGGUGUCCCAGACCGACGAGGAAGACAUGGGAAUGACGUACGCGGAGCUCUCGGUCUACGGGAGACUCAGGAAGGUGGCGAAGAUGGGGCCCUACAGCAUGUUCUGCAAACUCCUCAGCACGUGGAGGCACCUCUGGACCCCAAGACAGGUCGCCGACAAAGUGAAGCGGUUUUUCUCCAAGUACUCCAUGAACAGGCACAAGAUGACCACGCUCACACCCGCGUACCAUGCCGAAAACUACAGCCCCGAUGACAACAGGUUUGAUCUGCGACCGUUUUUGUACAACACGGGCUGGCCAUGGCAGUUCCGGUGCAUAGAAAACCAGGUGCUACAGCUGGAGAGGGCAGAGCCACAGUCCCUGGACGGCGUGGACUGAGGCCGGUUCCUGCCCGGAGGCCUCCUCUCCUCGGAGACCCCAGUGCCACAUCAUCAGCAUUGCUGGGACCAAGGGAAGGAGCCCUGCGGUAGGAGCCCAGAAUGGCAUGGCGCCUCGGUCGAGCAAGAGGGAACUUCUCAGUCGAAUUCCUCCAAAGGAGGCUGGAAUAAAGCCUGGGCUUAAAAAGAGGCUGGAA